CAGGACAGCAUUGGGAAAUUGUAUUUUAUUUUUUAUUAAUUGGGAGCAAUGGCUGAAGCAAUACCGCUGCGAGAGAAAAAGCAGAGAACUCUCCCUCGGUCUGAUGGGUGUGGUCUGAAUAACUUCGAAGGUCUGGAUUUUUCAGGUGGACUCAGAAUCGUGUUGGUUGGAAAGACCGGCUCGGGAAAGAGUGCCACGGGAAACACUAUUCUUGGCAGGUCUGUGUUCAAAGAGGACCCCAGCCCGGUCUCCAUCACCAAACACUGUGAAACCGACAGCGGGGAGGUGGAUGGGACGACGGUGCAGGUCAUCGACACACCGGGGCUGUUUGACACCGCCAUCACAGAGGAAGAUCUAAAAAUGAGAAUCGAGGAGUGUGUGAAGAUGUCAGUGCCCGGGCCUCACGCCUUUCUCCUGGUGAUCAGGCUGGGAGUCCGCUUCACAGAGGAGGAGAGGAACGCUGUCAAGUGGAUCCAGGAUAACUUUGGAGACGACGCUUCCAUGUACACUAUCAUGCUCUUCUCGUGUAAAGAUCAGGCCAAAGCGGACAGUGCCCUGAAGGAGUGUAAGGAGCUGCGUCGGCUCUCCAUCACGUUUGGACGUAGAUAUCACGCCUUCAACAACAAAGACCCAGAAGACCGCCUUCAGGUCAAAGAGCUUAUCACCAUGAUCAAGGAAAUGGUACAAGACAAUGGAGGCAAACACUACACCAACGAGAUGUACGAGAAAGCUCAGAGAAAGCUGAAGGAGGAGGAGGAGCGGAAGAAACUGGAGGAAGAAGAGAAGAAGCAGGAGGAGCGGAAAAUGUGGGACGCGGAGAGAGAGAAGAUGGAGAAAGAGAGAGAAAGGAUGAAAAAGGCUAAAAGGAAGAACAUCCGAGUGGCCUCGGCCGCUGCCGUGGUCUUGGUGUUGGCCGGUGUCAUCAUUGCUGUGGGAGCAAACACCCUCGUAGCGUUGGCUCUCGGAGCACCGGUACUAGUUUUGGGAAUACUCUGUGGCCUGGCUGCCAUCUGUUUAUGGAAAGGUGUUCGAUGCAAUGCUAAAGACAACGUGCCUGUAUAACUGGACUCUCCGGAUCGACAACAUCCAAAGAACCUGUGAGUGGGAGAUGAAUGAACUCACUCAAUGCAAAUACUAGAGUUACUGUAAGAGAG